UGUGGGGUGUGUAACAGAAAUAUAAUAGAUGUCUCGCUCUCACCUCACAAGUCACAACAUUAAUGUUUAGACUUUUAGCACAGCGUUCUUUCCGUUUUCAGAUAAACACAAACAGAUGAUCAAUCAUUCCAUGUUCAGCCCACAAAAACUUAAAUCAUGGAAUCUAACAGCAGGAAUAAUAGAUCAUCAUCAAGUUCCUUAACAAUAGGAGAAAAAUUGUGUGCGGCGUGUAUACCAUUCAUAGCAUUAAUUGAGAUAUUGAUAUUCGCUGUAUCAGAUUGUUUGGAGUGCUCUUCUUCUUCUUCAGAUCGCUUUAAGAACCCACAGAAAAACAAAUUAUCUAAACGUCGUUACGAUGAUCUUGCUCGCCUUGCUAAUGAAACCCAAUUUUCAGUGAAUGAAGUUGAAGCUUUAUUUGAGCUAUUCAAGAAAUUGAGCAAUUCUAUUAUUGAAGAUGGAUUGAUUCACAAGGAGGAGCUUCAACUGGCACUGUUUCAGGCACCUCAUGGAGAGAAUCUUUUUCUUGAUAGGGUUUUUGAUCUAUUUGAUGAAAAGAAAAAUGGUGUUAUCGAAUUCGAGGAAUUUGUUCAUUCGCUUAGUGUUUUCCAUCCUUAUGCCCCUGUGGAGGAAAAGAUUGAUUUUGCUUUUAGGCUGUAUGAUUUAAGACAAACUGGCUACAUCGAGCGAGAAGAAGUUCAGCAAAUGGUUAUUGCUAUAUUAAACGAGUCAGACUUGAGGUUAUCCGAAGACCUUCUGGAGUCUAUUAUUGAUCAGACGUUUGCAGAUUCUGAUGCUGACAAGGAUGGUAAAAUCAACAAAGAAGAAUGGAAAUCUUUUGUACUUCGACAUCCCUCACUUCUGAGGAACAUGACUCUUCCUUACCUGAAGGAUAUCACUACCGUUUUCCCAAGUUUCAUAUUCCACACGACGGUUGCAGACUGAAAUUUGAAAGCUUCAGCUAUCUUUCUUUCCCUCGUGAGGUAUUCCGAGAUCAGAUAUUUUCAGCUGCAGAAUUUGAACUCAACAGAUAAUACUACAGUACCCUCCAAGCAUGGAAGCAACCAUGUAAGCCACGGCAUUUUAUUCUCUGCACUAUGAAAUAGGCAUCAGUACCACCAAUGAGGUCAAAACAAGAACAAUAUUCUGUUCUAUGUCCCAACUUAAAGUCCCCAGCUGAAAAAUAUUUUGUUUCCGUCUGAGGGAUGCGAUUCUUCUUGUAUAUCCAUUUGAUGGAUCAUUAUAUGAAAUGUACAUAUACUAAAGUUUUAGCCUGAGAAUUAUUUUGCAAACAACUUUGGCUAAA